AUGAGAAAGAUAUUAAAAUUCAGAUCAAUUAAUUGCCGUACAGGUGAUAAAUUGUGUUUACUAAAAAAAUUGAUACACACAAAAAAUGAGUUAUCACAAAUUCAUUGUAAAAAUAAUAAAAUAGGGAAUGGUAUAAUUAGCCAUCAAGAAUUAAAAAUUGGAUAUUUACAAGUAAUAAAUAAUAUAAGAAAUCAAAGUAUAUGUACUGAAAAUAAAGUCAAAGAUGAUAAUAAUUCAGCUAGCCAUUUAAAUGAAACAAUAAAUGAUAUAAAUAAUGCCGAUACAAAAUUAAAUUAUAAUAUAUUAAAUGAAAAUGAAUUAAAAGAUGAUAUAGACAAUGAUUUUGAUAAAGAGGAUAAUGAUAUAAAAUAUGAUGGAAAUAACAACUCAAAUUUGGGUGAUACAAAAUUUGAAGAUAACGAAUUUGAAAAUUAUAACAAAUUUAAUAGGUAUGAAAGGAAAAAUAAUAAAGAGGAUGAUGAAAAUGGAUUUAUUAAUUAUAAAAAUAAUGUUAAUAGUAGAAACGAAAGAGGAAAUUAUCAAAAAAAAAAUAAUUAUAAUUUAAGAAAUGAUUAUGAUAAUAAUACAGAUAACAACAUGGAUGAUUAUAAUAACAAUUAUAUGAAAAGAGAUGACCAUAAUUCGAAAUAUUCGAGAAAUUUAAACAACUCGGAUAGAUAUUCAAAAUUAGGAGAUAAUUUAAAAGAUAUAGAAUGGAAUAAAAUAAAAGUAAAAAUAGAAAGACAAAACUUAUUUAAUGUUAAUGAUAAUAAGUUAAAAAAAUUAUCAAAUGAAGAAAUACAAAAUGAACUAAAAAAAAAUAAUAUAUAUGUAAAUAAAGAUUUAGUAUUAAAUAAUUUUAUAACCAAUUUUUCAGAUUUAGAUUUUCAUGAAUCAAUAUUAAAUUAUUUAAAUGAAAAAUUUAAGGAACCAACAGCUAUUCAAAAAAUUACAUGGCCUAUCGCUUUGUCAGGAAAAGAUUUAAUAGGAGUUGCUGAAACAGGAAGUGGAAAAACCUUAGCAUUUGUUUUGCCAUGUCUUAUGCAUAUAUUGAAACAUAAACAAAAAGAAAUGGAAGAAAAUGGGGUUGAACCUAUAAAAAAUAAUGAAGUAAAAUUAUCUGAGAAUGAUAAUAAUGACAAUAAUUAUGAUCCUGAUUUUGAAAAAGAAUUUCAAAAUGAUGAUAGUGAAAAUCGUAAAACAUAUGGAUUAAUUUUAUUACCAACACGAGAAUUGUGUAUGCAAGUAUUAAAUGAAAUUAAAAAUUUCGAGAGCGAAUUAAAUUUAAAAGCUGUUGCAGUAUAUGGAGGUGUACCGAAAUAUUUCCAAAUUAAUAAUAUAAAAAAAGGAGCCGAUAUAAUUGUUGCAACUCCAGGAAGACUUCUUGAUUAUUUAGAAAAUGGAAUCAUAAAUUUAUUAAGAUGCAUCUAUGUAGUUAUUGAUGAAGCAGACAGAUUACUUGACAUGGGAUUUGAAAAACAAUUAAGAAAAAUAAUGACACAAAUUAAUAAAAAUAAACAAUUAUUAUUUUUAACGGCAACAUGGCCUGAACAAGUUAGAAAGCUUGCAUAUGAUUUUUGUUCAUUUGAUCCAGUAAAAAUUCAAAUCGGAAAAAGUGAAUUAACAGCAAAUAAAAAUAUAGAGCAACAAGUAAUAGUUAGCUCAUCAAUUGAUUUAAAAAAAAAAUUACUCGAUUGGUUAAAAGAUAAUUAUGAAAAUAAUAAAAUUCUAAUCUUUUGUGAUACAAAAAGAAAUUGUGAUAAUUUAUGUAAAGAAUUACGAUAUCAUCAAUAUAAUAGUUUAUCAAUACAUGGAGAUAAACAACAAAGAGAAAGGGAUAGAAUAUUAAAUAAUUAUAAAAAUGAUAGAUGUAAUAUAUUAGUAGCAACCGAUGUAGCAUCAAGGGGGUUAGAUAUUAAAAAUAUUUCGAUUGUUAUUAAUUAUGAUAUACCAAAUACGAUUGAAGAUUAUAUUCAUAGAAUUGGACGUACAGGUAGAGCAGGUAAUAAAGGAAAAUCUAUAUUAUUUUUUCCAUAUGAUUAUUAUGUUCCACAAAAACAAAGAUUUGCAAAAGAGUUGGUAAAAUUGUUAAAUAAAACAAAUCAACAAGUUCCUAAAGAACUUAGAGAAAUUGUAAGUACACGAUGA